AUGGGAGUGUAUCCUCCCGUAGCAGGUGGGCCCAUCUACUGGGCACUCCGCAACACGUUCCUCGGCGCGCGUCGGACGUCUUGCCGUCUCAUGCGCGCGUACGACAUGAACUGGGACAUCUCCAAAGUCGUUUGCAAUGGCGUUCCGAGGAACUCUUACAACCCGAGCGUGAAUGAGUGGAUUUGGAAUGUCGACACAGAUCUGUGGAAUGGUGCGGGAGGAAAGGCCUGGUUCAUUCUGAGCGGACAGGUCAUGUUCACGUUCUUCUGGUCCUUUUCGCUGUACACCCUUCUCGAGCGCUGGUACGUCAACGGCAAGAUUGAUACGUUCAGCAAGUGGCAAGGCCGUCCGACAGACUAA